ACCCAUGCACGCAUGAAGGUCCCAUGGCUACCGGAUUGGUAAAGUGGUGGCGAGCAAGGUUCCUCGCUGGCUACAGACCCUUUUCUGUCGUAGGGACCAAUACAGAAGGUAGCGAUUCCGAGGAAUUGCUUACGGGCGUCCCGACGACCUGUAACGUUUCGUCACCACCGACGACGGAGUCGCAACCGAUUUUAAUCUCGUCCGUAGAGUCGCCCCAGGUCGCGGCUGAUAGCUCGGGCGUACCUGCUGGACCUACCAGUAAUGAUGAACAGCCUACCUGCGGUACAACGAAACAGCUUAGUUUUGAGGAAUUUGAGUGCGACGUGUCGGUCGCGGACGGUGACAGGAGGCGGCAGGAGUUCUCUUUCACUCUGUACGACUUUGACGGACACGGGAAGAUCACCAAGGACGACAUAGCUGGUCUGGUGACCACCAUUUACGAUACGUUAGGCGCUUCGAUACAAGUACCGCCGUGCGGUAGUAAGACAAUUAAAGUGAAACUGACGGUGUCGCCAGAUCAGCGGGGUAGCAGCAGCAGCAGCCAGGCACCGCGCAAUGCCGCUGGCACCUGCCUAAAUGCCACGCAAACAUCACAGACUGCUACAUUGCCCGGUCACCAGCACAACCCGUCCUGUUGUCAUUUGAAACACGCCGCCCCGUGUAGCCAUGCAGCAGCAGCCGCCGCCACCACCACUACUCGGCAUGGCGCGAACAGAGUUCCUAGAAGGAGAAGAGCAACGCGGUAUCGUUGUCAGACUGAGCGAAAAGAAGUGGAGACACAUAGUGAGGACGACGACGAGAACGCCAGAACGAAUCGAGUGCAGCAAGAGGAGCUUCGUAGACGAGUCGGUCCGGUGCCCCAUUUACCAUCUCCCUAUUCAAACAGCUCGGAGGGUGAUGUGAGUGAUGAUAGUGACACUUCCCCCGCGUUCUCGCCAUUAACGCCGCUUCUUACGACGAAUCAGAGGAAACGCAGCGGCGCCCUACAAAGACAACAAUUGCUGGAAAUUAUUCAGGCUAAUAUGGAGAAAAAUAAUCUCAGUUUUCAUACAUCAAGGAAACGGCAUCAAAAUGAACAAUCGCGCAUUCCAUCUCAUAGUCCCCAUAUAGAAACUUCGAAUCAUAAUAAUCAGGACUGUCACACCUCUCUAGAGCCUCGUCAAGCGAAUACAAACUAUCACAAACCAAUCCGGGAAAGCACUCAUUCCGUGUCGUUUCCCAAAACGCCGGUCAAGUCGCGAUCGGCGAAUCUCAGAAAAACGCGACACACGAGGAACAAUGUAACACAUUCCUCUCCCCAGACUUACACGACGUAUUCGCAAUUACUGAAUCGUAACGUGAUCGCGCCAACUAUCUACAAUGAUACGCCGCAGCACACCAACAGUAGCAGCAAUGUUCAUCGCAACAUCGUCAACCUCGUUCCGAAUAAUAAUCAACAAACGGCCAAUCAUCAGACUAUUACCAACAAUCACAACAAUUUGCAGCGCAAUGACGCGCAAUUCGUUCAUACGCAAUGUGGCAGAGCGAGCAAGAAGCAUCAGCUGAAGCACGCCACGCGGGAGCAAGACCAGGCUCGAGCGAUGGCGCAGGUCGUGCGUUGGCUCGAACGUGAAUUCUCACAAAAUGCGGUGGCAGCAACGUCCAAUCGAAGACACGUCCACGAGCACAUACAUCAUCACUAUCAUCACUAUCACGCUGAGGCUCUGGUUUAAUCGG